AUGUUAGAAAAGGGCGCAUCCAUGGACGAAAUAGACGUACAAGGCAAAUCAGCUUUGAUGGUGGCGAGUCAAUGGGGUUUUAAAGACAGCGAAAGGCAUUUAUUUCUGUUCCAGUGGCAAACAAGAGCUGCUAAAACAAAGCCCAAGAGAAGGAGCAAGUCGUUGAUGAUGCAUCAACAGUUUGACUCGGCUUAUCCUACAUGGUUAAAAGGAAAAUACGCACAGGUUUACUUUUGUCAAACACUCCCCCCGGGAGAAUUUGCUGGUACGGGAAUCAGUGCCCCAAGGAGGAGGGCAAGAGAGCCCGAAAACCACUUACAGUACGAGGAAUCUUUUCUUGAACAAUCUUCUGACGAGUUACCUCCCAUUAGUGGAGCGGUAGAUUAUGAUGGUAAGUUCUUUUCGCACCAUGUAAGAAGGGGAAGUGAGCGAGAUGAAAGUUUUCGCCUGUUCUUGAAAACUUCCAUCCUGCCUCUUCUCCCGACCCGACUGACUGCCCCUUAGUCUCCGAGGAUGGGGAAUCCAGAUAUAUUCUAGGAUAUGUUUGCUUGUCAAAUCUGGUAUUCGAGACAUUUUUGCUUGUGGAAUCCAGAAUUCUGCGCUUUGGAGUCCCGAGGAUACAGCUCAAAGAAUCUGGAUCCCACUAACUGGAUUGAAAUCUCGAAUCCAACUUCCACUGACAAGGAAUCCGUCAUCCAGCACCUGAAAUCUACAAUCCACAGGGUGGAAUGCAGAAUCCAAGACUGUCCUGGAUUCCCUUUAAUACAUGCCCGGGCAAUUCUUUGGUGGGUGCUCAGAAUGUUGACUGUUCAAAAAAUUAUAACCAACUUGCGUUCUUGGAAACAAGUAGGAUAUGAGAACAGUCAACUCUCUCACACCAAGACAGACACAAUUAGGACCUGCAACAAGUGUCCAUCUUAGAGUAAUGUCAGUCAUACAGAGAGUCAAAUAUAUAUAGGAGUAAGGAAAGGAAGGGACCAGCUCUAGGUCACUGUCUGAUUUACUGAGGUGUAUGUUAAGAGAGAAAUGAAUGUACGCUGAAAAAAAAAAAAACAGUCAAAAUAGGACUCAAGAUCAAACUUGUUCAUUCAAGUUUUAUCCCUCCCCCUCUUAUGGAUCAAGGGCAUAAUUCCAUCAGGUUUUGAGUGCUUGUCCUCCCUUCAUCGGGUAAGGAGGAAGGGGUGGUUGGGUUGCAGACAUUAAUUCAACCAUUGCACCAAAGUGGGUGAUUAUGUCUAACCACAAGUGAACUAUGGGUCCAGAUGCUGAUUAGGAAAGACUUUCAGGAAGAUGGGUCACAACCAUUCUAUUGAUUAAUUGAAUAUCCAAUUCUAUGUCCCCAUAUUGACCAUGAAAGGCAGUACAGUCACCCCUACUCCAGGCCGAUGGUGAACACUGAGAAAAAAGGCAAUGUUUCUACAAGCCCUUAUUAAAAUUUUCAAAAACUGCAAAAUAAUAAAAGUAUGAAAUAAAAAAAUAAAUGAACAAGAAAGAAAACCCUUAAAUUUAAGUCUAUGAGUAUUCAGUUACAGAUAAACUUAGUUAAGAAAUGUCUUCUUUUUUUUUUGCUUUGGAUAACCAAUUGACUGGACAUGGCUCCCUCUUUUCAUUCCAACCAAUGACUUUUACAAUUCUGCCUUAUUUCCUUAUUUCCCCCUUAGUUACAAGGUACAGUAUGGGCGGGUCAGUGCGACCAGUGCUUCCACAGAUUAGGCCAUCAAAGGAAAGACUGGCAAGCAGGUACAGUGACCCCUGCAUUAUUUGUUGGCAAAUAAAAAUUAUAAGUAACAGAUUUAGAGCUAAUUUUGAACAACUGUUCUAUAUUUGCCUCUUGUCAAGCCACUAACCUGUGAUCAGCCUUUUGUUAUUACUAUUGUUGUUUUUAUUAUUAUUAUUAUUAUUAUUAUUAUUAUUAUUAUUAUUAUUUAUUUUUGAGAAGAGAGGAAAAAAGAAAGCCUUCCUUACCAUGAACGAAAUAUAAAGACAUAGGGAGAGUGAUUUCAGGCUAUCAAACUACAUGGCUUGCGCUGUCUACCAGAUUCUUAAGAAAUGGAAGACACCUUUAUCAGUCUUACGAAAAGGGUGAACAUUAAAGUUUUUGAGAGUGACAAUUUUUUCUUCACAAGGCUUUUUAGCCUCCAAAGAACCCCUGUAGUAGGACUGAAACAACUCGCACUACUCUUAGGUAAUAAACCUUGCUUAACUAUGACUGUCAUUGGGUACAACUACAGGGCUCAAUGUACCAAUUAAACACUUGCUUCCCAGGUAAAAAUUGCUUAAAGAGAAGUAUUUAAGGUUUGCUGGCACCAAUCUCACCAUAAAAACAAAGUUGUCAUUAAGAGCUAGGGGCUGGGGAUUUUCCCAAGCUACUAUGAAUGUGGCCCUUAAUUCUAGAACACAAUAAUUUUCAGUAAUUGUGUUAUCCAAUAAAGUCCUUAUAGUCAUUAUUAUUAUUAUUGGAAAAUAAAAGAAAAAUAGAACUAAAAGAAAUCCCUAGCCAUUUGAUUCCCCACCUACUUGUUGCAAUUACCCAGCAACUUGAAAUCUUAGUGACAACCCUGUGAAAAUCAAAAUUUUAAUAUAAGCCCACAAGGAGAAACAGAAACUCAAACAAGCGCACAGGGUGUCAACAUUGAUUUGUAUAAUCCGUAUAGAUUUUAAGGCCAAGACACAGAUGUCUCUCUCAGACUCACAAAACAAUGAAAAUCAAUCAAGGGCAGUUGUAUAAUUAUACUGGCUAUGAGUGUAGCAGCUUUUAAUAAUGUUCCAGCAGUGUCACCAAGUAAGAAUACAGUGAAACCUGUAUUAAGUAGACACUGUAUAAAGCAGACACCCUCUGUUAAGUGGACAGUAGCCGAAGUCCCCAAAUCUAUUUCCCUAAUACUUACUUUAAAUGAAACCUUUAUCAAUAAAAAGUACCUGAAAUGGUCAUUUCUAUUGCUGCCAAACUGUAUUAAAUUCCACCACCCAACAUGCCAGACACUGGAAAUGUGAAAGAUUGUGUUAAAUUGCCACCCACAAAUUUUUCGAUUUUUACGUUAAAACACGUGACUUGACAAACUUAUUUGAUUAGUAUCACAGUACAGUCUUGUUUUCUAUUUCAUUUUGUUUGCAUAGAUGAUUUCUUCAAAUUUGAGUUGCAAUCUAUGUUUAUGGUACUAUGAUCAGUUGGUCCACUUUGAUCAAGAAAUUAAUACAAAAGUAUAUCGUCAUAGUCUCUGGGAGUAUUCUAAACAUUUCCACUGUUCAUUUGAAUGGCAUUUGACACCUCAUACAUGUUAUCUAUUAAAACCUGUAUUAGGCAGACACCCUGUAUUUUAAAGCGGAUACUACAGCAUUACCCAGGGUGUCUGCUUAAUACAGGUUUCACUGUAUUCUAUUUACUUUUGUUGAACAGUUAGUGCAUGAAGGGAUGGGGAAUCAUUAAUGUGUACUUAUCUAUUGUACAAAGCACUUUUAAAAAUGAAAUGUCAGCUGAGAACAAAGCUUCAUGAUGCUUAUAUGGGUACCUCAUUUCUCUUUUUCAGUAAAUCUCAUGGGAGUUCAAAGUCUGCAACCUUUGAUGAGUGGUUGGAAGAAAAGAAAUCAAAGAAGCAGCAAAAACAACAAAAAGAAAAGGAAGACAAACUGAGAAAGCAAAUAGAACAGGAAAACAAGAGAUUAGCUAGGAUAGAGGGGCAAAAGAGCUUUGAGGACUGGAAAAAUUCCAAAUCAAAACAAAAACUUGACUUAUCUGCCUUGGAAAAGAAAAGAGACGAUAUCAUUCGAGAAGAGCCUGGGAGGCAUUAUAGUUUGAGUUUUGAACGGUGGUUGAGUAGAAAUCACGGUACUUUAGAUCUUUACUAUUAA